AUGGAGGCUCCUAUGGAGGGACUGACGCUGCUGGAGGAAGAGGAGGGGGCUGCUGCCAGCGCUUUUACUGGGUUGAUGGCAGUGUUUGGAAGAUUUGUGAGGGGGCUGCUGGAAUGUCUUGGCUUUGUAGGCAUCCUCGUCGCCUGGGCGUCGCUUGUGUUUGUCAUCAAGACAGAGCAUUACUUUGAGGAGCUGUGUGAACCAAAUGCCUGGCUCACGGGCAAUACCACACUGACGGGCAAUGCCACGGGACAGACUGACUUCAAAGCCCAGGAUGAGAAGUUCUCGCUCAUCUUCACCCUGGCGUCCUUCAUGAACAACUUCAUGACGUUCCCCACCGGCUACAUCUUUGACCGUUUCAAGAACACUGUGGCCCGCCUCAUAGCCAUAUUUCUCUACACCACUGCCACGCUCACCAUAGCCUUCACCUCUGCAGAUGAGUCCCUGCUGCUCUUCCUGGCCAAGCCCAUGCUCACCGUCGGGGGAAUCCUGUUUCUGAUCACCAACCUGUAGGUGGGAAACCUGUUUGGCAAACACCGCUCAACCUUCAUCACUCUCUACAAUGGAGCGUCUGACUCUUCCUCUGCAGUCUUCCUUGUCAUUAACCUGUGCUCUGGGAGGGACAGCAGGAAGGAGGAGCAGAAGACAGUGGAGUCCAAAGAGCUGGAGGGACAGUUGGAGUUCGUUUCGCCAAAGGAAGUCAGCAUCUACACAAAUGCCUUUGCCAUCACUCAGUUCUUCGGAGUGCUCUGUGCCCCCUGGAAUGGCCUGCUCACGGACCAGCUUAAACAGAGGUACGAGAAGAAAGCGAGCAAGACAGGUUUCUCAGCCUUAGCGGUGGCCCUUUGCUCCACGGUUCCUUCUCUGGCGCUGACGUCUCUGCUGUGCCUGGGCUUCGCCCUCUGUGCCUCAGUCCCUGUCCUCCCCCUCCAGUACGUCACCUUCAUCCUGCAAGUGAUCAGCCGCUCCUUCCUCUAUGGGAGCAAUGCUGUUUAUCUCUCUCCCAGUUUCCCUCCGGAAAACUUUGGGAAGAUCUUCGGGCUAGUGAUGGCCUUGUCAGCCAUUGUGUCUCUGCUCCAGUUCCCCAUCUUCACAUUCAUCAAGGGCCCCCUCCAGAACCAACCGUUCUAUGUGAUGAACGUGAUGCUGGUGCUCGUCACUCUUCUGACAUUCAUGCACCCCUUCCUGGUGUGGCGAGAGUGCCAGUGGAAGGAAGGCCUCCCUGCAAUCGCUUAGGUUGGAAGUCCUCCCUUUUCCGCUCUGCGGAUGCUUUUGCUAAUCUUCCCCUACCUUUGAGGACCCCGUAUCCAGAAAGUCUGUGUUCACUCAGGCUACUUGUAUUAAGCAGACAUUACUUUUUAUU